GUUUCGAACUGGUGUUGAUGAGCAUGUCUCGUAGUUGUCAAUUGUUUGACCGCCAUUUCAACUGUCACAGCACGCGUGAUUCUUCACUUCAUUUUUCUAGUUUUGAGUUCUUUCUGCUGACUUUCAGUGUAUUGAGUAGGAUUCAAAGUGAAAAGAAACUCGCAAUAAGUGUUAAUUUGGGAUAAAAUAAAAUCGUCAUUCGUGGGUAACAACGGAUUAUUCGGUACUACUCAAGAAUGCCGAUGUUUCAACAGGACUCUGAAGACAGCCUUUCGUCGUGACUAUUUGUAUUUGAAUUUUGAAAUUUUUUAUUUUUCAGUGUAGUUUAUACACAUUUUUUUUAUUUCGGAAGCCCUCAAAAGUUAUUACGUAAAUAUUUGUUUUCGCACAUUCAACCCCUGGAUCUGUCAACCAUGAAAAUGAACGAAGAGCGCGAUAGAUUUCAAUCCAGUAGUAGCACUGACGAAAAUGAAUCGGGAUCAGAACAGGAGCAUGAGCAACAUGUGCAAAUUGCUAAUAUAGCAAAUCACAACGUCGGCCAAACUCGCAAACGUCGUGGAAAUCUACCUAAACAUUCUGUUAAGAUACUGAAGAGAUGGUUAUAUGAGCAUAGAUACAAUGCGUAUCCCAGUGAUGCUGAAAAGCUUACCCUUUCACAAGAAGCCAACCUCACAGUGCUACAAGUUUGCAACUGGUUCAUAAAUGCCCGCAGACGAAUACUACCUGAAAUGAUUAGAAGAGAAGGACACGAUCCAUUGCAUUAUACUAUAUCGAGAAGAGGAAAAAAGCUGCAUCCUAAUUUAAUGGUUAAUGAUCAACCUCGAUUGAACUGGGGUGAAGAUUUGCCCAGUGUUGGCGGAAAACGAAUUCGAUUGGAUCAUGAUUAUGAAGAUAGCAUGACACUUAUGUAUCGUUCAGAAGAAGACAGCCCUAAUGAAUAUGAAAGCUCAAGCCCAAGUGAAGAGGAGAAAUUCCCUCCUUGGCAAACAGUUAUACGCUAUGGAGUUGCUAAGGAUGCUCCCCAUCCAGCAAAUAGGGGAUCAGCCGAUGAGAAGAUGGGAAAUAAUGGAGAUUAUUGGACCAAUCAGCACUCUCAACUCACUCCAUUAACUCCAAUAAAUCAUCCUCCGAAAGUGCAAGUUAUACCAGCUCAUCCACCACCAUCUGAUCCUUUGACCACUCAAGAAGAAGACAAGGAUAAAUUCAAAUGUUUGUAUCUCUUAGUAGAAACAGCAGUGGCAGUUAGGCAGCGUGAGAAGGAACAAGAGGAUAUUCAGGUGUAGCCCUCAAAUCCAAGAUAAAUAUCUCUUGUGCCUUAUAAUAUGUAGUUAAUGUUAUAGUUUUGUCAAAGUUAGGUUCCCACUUUUUUGAGUAUCUUCUGUUCUGGUGUCAUCAUUUUUUUUUAUAAAACUUUUGUUGUUUUGUUACUUAGUUGUCGAUUUCAUAAUAUUCUUUCAUAUGAUUGAAGAGUGAUAUUAACAUGAUCUACAUGUGUUUCUUUGAAUUUUAUGAUAAUAUAAUUAAAAUUAGUUUUAUUACCAUUGUGUCUUGUCUUACUGACAUGUUAGUGCUUCCGAUUGUUUAUAUUAUUGAGUAUUUUUCAAUAAACUGGUACAAAAACUAUGUGUAAAUAUGUAAAAAAGAUGAUGCAGCAAAUCGGAUUCACUUGAAUUGAUGAAUUAAUUUGUAUGUUGUUUUAAUAAUAAACAAAAAAUAUA